CACCAGAUUCGUGGAGUCUUCUGCGGCAACGCUGAAACAAAAGGGAUUACCGAGGGCCUAUCAUGUGCGAGGACUCCCGGCCCAGCUCAGUCUCGCUCUGGCAUGUUCGUCCGUAUAAGUAUUUAUGUCGUAUGAAUACUCCCACAAAUGUCUAAACCUGGUGAACUACCCUCGAUCUUCUUCCUGGGCUGCACAGGCUUUCUUGGGGGUCACUUGCUAAAGUCUCUUGGACGUGAUCUGCCUGCGUAUCCUGUCGUCGCUCUGUUGAGGAAUUCAUCUGAAAGUAGGAGAGCCAGCGUGUCAGAACUGCAUCCAAACGUUACAUUCGUUGAGGGUACCCUAGACGACAAUGCGAUUAUUGAAGAGUGGUCCUCAAAAUGCCCGAUAGUAAUUAAUACAGCUAGUUCUGAUCACUGGCCUAGCGUCAGAGCGACUCUUGCUGGCCUCGAGAAAAACUCUGCCCACCACCCUGGGAGUCCUCCAAUCUAUAUUCACGUAUCAGGGCUUGGAAUUUUGAGCGACAAUUGCCGCGGAGAGUCCGUCGACCCUGCCAGCAUCAAAUGGUGGAUCGAUACGGAUUUGAAUCUGCGAGACUGCGACCCUUCUAACACGCACUUGGAGUCGGACAUCCCUAUCGUAGAUGCAGGAACACGCAGCCAGAACCCCGUUCGCACGAUGAUUCUGUUUCCCGGAUGGAUGUACGGGUUAGGUGAACGCGUACAGAAAACAACAAUGCCUCUUCGUUAUUUCAGAGACAUGUAUAAACAGAUUGGCCGUGCUGGGACUUGGGGUCCUGGCGCCAAUGUCAUGCCUAAUGUGCAUGUCAAAGAUUGUGCUUCGGCUUGCUUGACAGUUCUGAAAGCAGCCCUGGAUGGUAAAGCUCAAGAAGGGCCUGAAGGGCUCUAUUUUGUUGGAUCUGACCAACCUAUGAUACCUAUGCACGAGUGGGCGUCUGCAGUAGGCUAUUGGAUGUUUGACAAAGGGCUCGCAACCGUAGGCGGGUCCAAGCCUAUGCCCACGGAAAUUGUCGAUCCUUUAGGAUACUAUGGCUGGUCGCUUUUAGGAGGCAGUCAAUACGCUAAAACCAAUCGUCUAUAUACUCUUGGUUGGGAACCACUCGAAUCUCGCAAGCUGUCGUUAAUGGAGUCACUCCCUAUGGAGCUUGAAGCUGCUUUUGCUUAAUUAAAAAAGAAAAGUAAUUGGCUGUAUGAAUCAACAGGUGAACUGAUUGAUGGAUA